AUGGAGGAAGGCAGACCCAGCAAGGAAGAGUCUAUUCAGAGCAAAAAAAGAAAGAGCGCCACUGGGAUGAAAACCCAAGAUGACAAGAAUGACAUAGAGGAAAAUAGAAAAGAUGACAGUGAAAUGGAAACAAACGAUUCAGGAGGUGAGGAAAGUUGGAAAGAUGAGGACGUGGGUGCAGAGGAAGAUGAAGCUAAGGAUGUGUGCGACCAAGAUAGUCCAAUUCACAGUGCUAGCUUAGGCAAUGACAACAGCCAACCUAUGGUAGAUAAGGAUGAUAAGGAUAAUGAGGAAAAAGAUAUGAAUUCUGAGAGGGUGAAGAAUAAGGAACCUGAGAAGGAAACGGCUAAGGAUAGUCUGAGUAAGUAUAAGGAGUGUAAUUUGGAAAAACAUGGGAAGCAGAUGGAUGAGAAAAGGAAGGAAGACGACAGGAACCAGAAGCAUUGGAAGCAGGACAUGGAGGAAAAAGCUAAAAAGAUGGCAACUUAG